CCAAAGAGUUGUUGACCCAAAGCCAAGCUGACAAAUAAACAGAACUGUGGACUUUAAGAAGGCAGUUCCAAUGGAUCUAGACCAGCUGGGCAGGCAUACUGAGUGAUGCCUGAAGUCAUCCGUAAAGGGACUAAGUAAAUCAAUUAACUCCAUGGUUUUCAUGAAGACCUCUUCAUAUCAAAACUUCUUGCUUUACAUGCGUCUCCUCUGAUCCUGUGGAGAUGAAAAUUGACAUCCACAGUCAUAUUCUACCAAAAGAAUGGCCAGAUCUAAAGAAGAGAUUCGGUUACGGAGGCUGGGUGCAGCUCCAACACCACGGCAAGGGAGAAGCUAAGAUGCUGAAAGAUGGGAAGGUCUUCAGAGUGGUUCAAGAAAACUGCUGGGAUCCAGAAGUCCGUCUUAGAGAAAUGGACCAAACAGGAGUGACCGUGCAAGCCCUUUCCACCGUUCCUGUCAUGUUUAACUACUGGGCCAAACCUCAGGACGCUUUAGAGCUGUGCCAGCUUCUAAACAACGACCUAGCUGCCACCGUUGCAAGCCACCCCAGAAGGUUUGUGGGUUUGGGGACGCUGCCCAUGCAGGCUCCCGAGCUGGCGAUCAAGGAGAUGGAGCGCUGUGUGAAGGAGCUCGGCUUUCCGGGGGUUCAGAUAGGCUCACAUGUCAAUGAAUGGAACCUGAGCGCGAGGGAACUCUUUCCGGUAUUCAUGGAGGCUGAAAAGCUGAACUGUUCCCUAUUUGUGCACCCCUGGGACAUGCAGAUGGAUGGACGGAUGGCCAAAUACUGGUUCCCUUGGCUCGUAGGAAUGCCAGCAGAGACCACCACAGCCAUUUGUUCCAUGAUCAUGGGUGGAGUGUUUGAGAAGUUUCCUAAACUGAAAGUAUGUUUUGCUCAUGGAGGUGGCUCCUUCCCCUUCACAGUAGGAAGAAUCUGCCAUGGAUUCAGAAUGCGUCCAGAUCUGUGUGCCCAGGACAAUCCAACCAACCCAAAGAAAUACCUUGGUUCCUUUUACACGGACUCCUUGGUUCAUGACCCUCUGGCCCUCAAGCUAUUAACAGAUGUCAUAGGAAAGGAUAAAGUCAUUUUGGGAACCGACUACCCCUUUCCACUAGGUGAGCUGGAACCUGGGAAGUUGAUAGAAUCCAUGGAAGAAUUUGAUCCAGAAACAAAGGACUUCUAGUACAACGCUGAAAGGAGUGGUGACCGGACAUCUGCACCUUAGGAGGAAAGUUUCUAGUUUCUCACCAUUAAGUAUGAUGCUAGCCGUGACGUUUUUGUAAACGCUCUUUUUCAAGCUGAAGAAGUUCUCCUCUAUUCCCAAUUUGUUCAGAGCUUUGAUCACGAAUGAGCAUUGGAGGUAGACACUUUUUAAAUGUUGCGUUGAGUCAAUCUAUCCUGGAACUUCUAAGCAGCAUAACACGUGAUGCAAGGUAGCUAAGCAGUUAUUUAGACAAUCAUUCAUGAUAGCUGCCUAUCAAAUCAAUAGCUCAAUAAUAUGGCCUGAUGCGGACAGAGCUAAGAUACAUCAGUACACUGAGCACUGGAGCCCCAACACGAUGACAAAAGCCUAGAGGUUUAAUCUAGAAUUCAAUAAAAAAU